AUGUACGAGUGUCCAUUCUUCGUCUACCAGACGCAACACAAGUUACCACACCUGGUAGAGGACACCGAGUACAUUGCAGCUUCCUCCAACAAUGCACCGUCUGCCAUGAUGAUUUCCUCGAUGAACGCGUUCUCGUUCAGCACAAUCAAAACUGCAAGAAUGUCAGGGGACAAAGGCGGGGGUGCCGCAGCCGAUGCAUACUAUCCUGUCUUCUGCAACAACAUCUUGGCGAGUAAGAACAUGACUCGGCCUAUGCGGCCUAGUAAGGGUCCUCUUCACUCUGGCUUUCUUGUGCUGACACAACUUGAAGAGGGCUUGGCGGCCCCUAUCCAACAAGCAGACUAUGAGGACAACAUCACGCCACAAGGCCAGUCAACUCUAGAAGAGCAACCAUACUUUGUUCCCGGUGGUUCUAGUGAGCAAUCGGGCUCGAUUACACACACAAUCUCCCAUCAGUCGUCGCCACCACAGUGUAUAGGCACGUGGCCAAAUGUUUUGCCCGAUUCAGAACGCUUCUUGAACGUAGGACAAUACACGCUGCUCUUCGAAGCAUUUCUGACUGAUAUGGAUAGUAGAAACGCGACCCGCUCAAUAGACCGACACCCCAACAUCGAGCUGACAAUAUAG